ACAACAGGAUGCUGUUGCUACUGUCAUUGCUGCCUCUCUUGCCGCCGCCGCUGCUGCCGCCGCCGCCACUGCUCCUGCUUUUGCUUUUACUUCUGCUGCAUGACAGUUGCUUUCUCCAUCUAAGCAGACAGCAGCUUCAGAUGCUCGAGGUGAGGAACAUGCCUUUCAGUUUGGGCUACUGGUUUACCUAAUUAACCAACGAGCAGCUCCCGCU